CCAGCCCCCCACCAACAUGGCCGUCUCCCAAUCCUCAAGCAUGCCACGCGUGCAACAACCCCUCGGCACCCCCUCACCCUACAUCAUCCCCGCCUACGAAGGCGAAACAAUCACAAUCCCGGGAACCAAGUCAACAGUCCGCAUUCUGGCCUCCGCAAAAGAAACAGAGGGCCUAAUCUCAGUCUUCGGCAUGGACGGCGCCGUCGCCGAUCCCCCCGGUUUCCACUACCACAACUUCGCCCAUGACGUGUUCAUGUGCACGAAAGGGCAUCUGAAGGUCUGGGCGGGCGAUCGGUGUAAGAUUCUUGGACCGGGGGAUUUCUGCUACGUCCCGCCGAAGAUCGUGCAUCAGCCACAACUCCUCGAUGACGGGAUCAACGAGACAGUUGGACUUGUGACGCCGGGGCAGUGGGUAGAUUUCUUCCGCUUCGUAUCACAGAAAUACGACGGUGUUGUCGCCGACGAAUUCGACACACGGAACCCCGGAGACACUUUUGGCCCCAAGUUCCGCGAGAUCAAGGAGAAGUACGAUGUCGUAUUCCAGCGGGAGUUCCAGGGCGCUGAGGUCAGUGAGUGGACCAAGGAGGAUAGUGUGCUGCCGGAUGAGGCAGGCAAGGAGUACUACCUCAAGGCUAACACGGGGCCGUGUUAUUUGUUGGAGGGCGUGUUGAGCAGGCCAUUUAUUACGACGAAGCAGAGCAAGGCGCCGACGGGGAACUUUGCGAUUACGAGUAUUGAGUCGAGUAAUCGCUUGCCUAACUCGGUGUUGGGCAAGCCGUUUACGUUUGAGAAGACACAUCAGGUUUACCAUGUUUUGGAUGGAGCUAUCAACGUCACUGUUAACGGGAGUGUGAACCUGGUUCGUGCAGGAGAAACAGCGUUCGUUCCAGCGGGCACUGAGAUCUCGAUCGAGUUCGUCGAUAGGUAUGUCCGCUUCUGGGCAUACUCGAGCGGUGAUGGGCUGGAGUCGCUGAUUGCGGACGCUGGCGGCAAGUUCGAGGGCACCAUAGUGCCGGAUAAGAGCCGCGCUCUUGACACAGAGGCUUUGAAGAAGGCGGCGGAGAAGUACAACGUCAAGAUCUCAUCAUAG